AUGUCGGCCGCCGACGAGCUGUUGCGCGACUUCGAGGAGGACGAAGACUUCCAGGAUGAGGAGCAGAUCGAACAGGAAGACCUCAUGGAGGAGCAAGUCCCAGAACAAAGCGCAAAGCCGUCGAACGAGUUCGACCUCUCCAUCGAGACCGCCGACGAACUGACCCGGCUACACAAAGCCCUGCGCGAUCACUAUUCCAUUCGAUUCCCCGAACUAGAAACCCUCGUCACGAACUCGAUUAAAUACGCGAAAACGGUCGCCAUCCUCAAGAAUGGACCUCUCGAUGAUAUCAAAGCCAUUUCGAACUCGGCAGACAAUAUGGCCGGCGAGUCACUCAAGUCUGUGCUGGAUGGACCUACCCUUAUGGUCGUUGCGGUGGAAGGCACAACAACCCGUGGCCGGGAGAUGACUGACUCGGAGCUCAAAGUGGUCCUCGACACCUGCGAGAGAAUUCUCAAGCUUGACCGUGAGCGCACUGCUCUGACAGAAAGUAUCCGGUCUCGUGUGAACUCGAUUGCCCCCAAUCUGGCGGCACUCAUUGGUGCCCAUACGGCUGCGCAGUUCCUCAAUCAGACUGGUGGUUUGCGCGAACUAGCCAAGAUUCCCGCAUGUAAUCUGGGUGCACAAGGCUCACGGAGGCAAGAGGGCCUUGGGUUUGCUACAAAUAUCGGUAUUCGCUCACAGGGCUUCUUGUACGAUUCCCCGUUGAUCCAAGAGGUGCCGAGUGAUCUGAAGAAGCAAGCUAUCCGGAUCGUCGCUGCGAAGAUGGUUCUGGCUACACGUGCGGAUAUCGCAAACUACAACAAGGACGGCUCGCUGGGCGAGGAACUCAAAGAGCAAUGUUUCAAGCGAUUGGAGAAACUGACGGAACCUGCGCCAAACUCUGGAAUCAAGGCGCUUCCUGCACCUGAUGACAAGCCUUCCCGGAAACGCGGUGGACGACGUGCACGCAAGGCCAAGGAGGCCGUCGCCAUGACCGAGCUACGAAAGGCGCAGAACCGCGUGGCUUUUGGCAAGGAGGAGGCAGAAGUUGGAUACGGCACUGGCGAAGGUACCGUCGGGCUGGGCAUGCUGGGCCAACAGAACGACGGCCGUAUUCGCGCAACUCAGAUCGACCAGCGUACUCGCGCCAAGCUCAGUAAGAACAACAAGGGAUGGGGCGCAGCUACCCCCGUCGGUGGUACUGCGUCGUCAUUGCGUGGCUUUGGCCAGGGUGGCUCCGCUGGCACUGCGAGUGUACUACAGUCCAAGGGUCUCCGUUCAUCAGGUGUCGGAUCCUUGUCGGCCACCGCAGGUACUGCCAGUACGAUUGCUUUCACUCCCGUCCAGGGCCUGGAACUAGUCGAUCCUAAGGUGCAGGCCGAGAUGAACCGCAAGCGCAAGGCCGAUGAAGACCGCUGGUUCAAUUCUGGAACAUUCACCCAGGUUGGUGGCGGCCAGAGCAGCAUCAAUACUCAAAAGGAUCGCGACGGGUUCAAGGUGCCGGCUCUUCCGCCCAAGAAGAAGGUUGACACCGGGAAUGGCAAGAUGGGUCCACCUCCCAAGCCAUAA